AUGCAUACCCUGUCUUUCUUCGUCUACCUUUGUGCGGUGUUUGCCUGUGCAACCCUUACCGUGGCAGACAUUCAGAAACGUUCAUUUCUCGUCGAGAGAGUGCCGAACCCAAAGUUCACUGGACGCAAUGGGCCUCGGGCGAUGGUGAAGGCGCACAGGAAGUUUCUGAUGCCCUUGCCAGAGGGUCUGGUUGCUGCUAUGGAGGCACAGGACAAGAAGCUGGCGGCGGCGCAGGCGAAAAGAGGCUCCAACUCAUUUCAGUACUUUGACCGAAGCGAGGCGGAUCGACGGGGACUGAUAGGCGAGUUGCUGGGAGACCUUGGACUUGGUGGAGGGAAGCAGAACGGCAAGCAGGACGGGAACCAGAAUGGAAAUAAUGCGAAUCAAAAUAGUAACAAUGGCAACCAAAACGCGAAUGGAAACGGGAAUGGAAAUGGAAAUAAAGGCAACAAAAACGGCAACGGUUCUACUCCUCCACCCGUUAAAGCGAACAACACAGCACCGGCACCCGGAACCGGAGCCCGGAAUCAAACGGGGACAGUUGCCGCCAAGCCUGAGAAGAACGAUGCGGAAUACAUUUCCCCAGUCAAGAUCGGUGGCCAGACUGUGAACCUAGACUUCGAUACCGGCUCUUCGGACCUCUGGGUAUUCAACACGCAGCUCGCAGCCUCCGUCACAAACGGUCAUCGAGUGUACGACCCUGCCAAAAGCAAAACCUUUAAAAUGAUGGCCGGCUCUCAAUUCACAAUAUCCUACGGUGACGGUUCCGGAGCUAAAGGCAACGUUGGCACCGAUGUCGUCGACGUCGGAGGCGCGGCAUUCCCAGCACAACCCGUCGAGUUGGCCACAGCCGUCUCGCAGGAGUUCAUCAAGGACCAGAAUAACGAUGGCCUUAUGGGUCUUGCCUUUUCCAAGAUAAAUACCGUUAAGCCGCAGAAGCAGCAGACCUUCUUUGACAACAUUAAGCCGUCGCUUGCACAGCCAGUGUUCACAGCAGACCUGCGCAAAGGCGCUGCGGGAGCCUACACCUUUGGCACCAUUGAUCAAUCUAAGUUCCAGGGCGCGCUGGCAUGGGUUCCUGUCAAUAACACCAAUGGGUUCUGGCAAUUCAGCAGCGAGAAGUUUGCUGUUAAUGGUGGUAAGCCCCAGGCUGGUACGUCCGGCGGCCAGGCUAUUGCUGAUACUGGCACUUCGCUCAUGCUGGCUGAUGCAAAGAUUGUCACGGCGUAUUAUGCUCAGGUACAGGGUGCGAAGAAUGACCAGCAGGUGGGCGGAUUUACGUUCCCUUGCAACACCAAGUUGCCUGACUUGGCCGUUGAUGUGGGUGGCGUGUACAUGGCCAAAGUUACUGGUGACAAUAUCAACUUUGCCCAAGUUGGUAACGGUAUGUGCUUUGGUGGCGUCCAGGCGACGCCUCAGGGGCAAUUGGGCAUCUAUGGCGACAUCUUUUUCAAGUCUCAGUUUGUGGCCUUUAACGGCGGAAACAACAGUUUGGGAAUGGCUCCCCAUAAAUAA